CGUCUGAUGAGAUCUGAUAGGUCGGAUCAAAGGGAUAACGUUAGUCCGACUAGCGAACCUCUGAUAUAUGGCCAGCGUUCGCCACAUAUAGAUAGACAAGCACUCAUCAAGCACUCAUCAAGCACUCAUCAAGCACUCAAGCAGUCGUGUACUCUAGGCUACAUUAGAUAGAGUAUAUCAAUCGUUCGUUUUAACUGGGUCUUCUACAUAUAGGCCUCGUGCAGUCGGAUGAUCGACUCCUCCGGUUUCCCCUGAAUCUCCGACGGAACCCAUU